AUGGCGCGACCAGGCCACUCCGCAACCGUCGUCGGCUCCGCAGUCGUCAUACGCGAAAAGUACUACUGGCCCGACCUGCAACUCAACAUCUGGACGAUUGUCAUGCUCGCCACCGCAAGCACGAUAUUAGGCAUCAAUGCGCAAUUCAUGCAGAUACAAGAUCGCAUGGGCUUGGGCACCCCAUGGAUCAUGCCCUACGGCGUCACCGUCGGCACCCUCGCCAUCCUCUUCAUCGUCGUCGAAAUCGUGUACAUAUCGCAGCGCAGACUGCUCCCAGGCCUCAUGAUGCUGCUCUCCUUCAUCCUGCUCGUCCUCUUCAUCGCGGGCAUCAUCGGCACCGCGAUCCAGCUGUUUGCCGGCCCGAAUGUGAAUAAUCAGUGCAAUACCUAUGUGUUUGGGGAUGAUCAGCAGGGGCCUGGGUUGGAUACUUUGGCGUUUUUGCAGCAGAGGAAUAUUUGUCAAUGCUGGCAAGCCGAAUUCGCCUUCUGGAUCAUCGGCUGCGUCUUCCUCGUCUGGAUGAUGGUCAUGGCAAGCCAGGUGAAUUCAAACACCUACCGACCAUGA